AUGUCCAUCUCGUCGCUCUACUUCCCUACUGAGCCAGCUGCACCACAAGUAGUGUCCAGUUCUCCUGGCCCCAAGUCUCAGGCAGCCAUCACUGCACUUGGUAAUGUGUUCGAUUCCAGAGCUGCCUAUUUCGUUUCUGACUAUGAAAAGUCUGUUGGUAACUACCUCGUGGACGUAGACGGCAACACUUACUUGGACGUCUACGCCCAAAUCGCUUCCAUUCCGUUGGGCUACAACAACCCAGCCUUGAUCGAGGCUGCGAAGUCGGACAAGAUGAUCCGUGCCAUAGUCGAUAGACCAGCUUUGGGUAACUUUCCAGGCAAGGACUCGGAAGAAAUCAUUGCCGAGAUCUUGAAGGUUGCUCCAAAGGGCCAGGACAAGCUCUGGUCCGGUUUGUCCGGUGCAGAUGCCAACGAAUUGGCAUUCAAGGCUGUGUUCUUCUGGUACCAGUCCAAGAAGAGAGGCUACACUACCCAAUUCACAGCUGAAGAAAACGAAUCCGUCAUGAAAAACCAGGCUCCAGGUUCGCCUGACUUGGCAAUCUUGUCGUUUGAACGUGCUUUCCAUGGAAGAUUGUUUGCUUCGGGUUCUACAACCUGUUCCAAGCCAAUCCACAAGUUGGACUUGCCUUCUUUCAACUGGCCAAAAGCUGAAUUUCCAUCUUACAAGUAUCCAUUGGACCAAAACGAAACAGAAAACGCUGCAGAAGAUGCCAGAUGUUUGUCUAUUGUCGAAAAUCUCUUCAACACCUGGAAAGUUCCAAUUGCCGGUUUAUUGGUUGAACCAAUCCAGUCGGAAGGUGGAGACAAUCACGCAUCCAAGGCAUUCCUCCAGGGCUUGAGAGACAUUACCUUGAAGCACGGAGCUCUUAUGAUCGUAGAUGAAGUCCAAACUGGUGUUGGUGCUACUGGUAAGUUGUGGGCUCACGAACAUUUUGACAUUUCUCCAGUUCCAGAUCUUGUAACUUUCUCGAAGAAGUUCCAAUCUGCUGGUUACUUCUUCCACGACCCAGAACUCGUUCCAAAUUUCGCCUACCGUCAAUUUAACACCUGGUGUGGUGAUCCAGCUAGAAUGAUCUUGGCUGGAGCUAUUGGCCAUGAAGUCGUCAAGCAUGACUUGCCAGCUGUAGCCAAGAGAGUAGGUGACUAUUUGUACAAAAAAUUGGAAGCUUUACAAACCAAGUAUCCUAAAUACAUCAGAGACUUGAGAGGCAAGGACAGAGCCACCUUCAUUGCUUGGUCAUUGGCUGAUGUAACUGCUAGAAACAAGUUCUUAGCCGACAUGAAAACUGUGGGUGUCAAUAUUGGAGGCUGUGCCGAAGACUCUGUCAGAUUGAGACCAACCUUGGUCUUCGAAGAAAAGCAUGCUGAUAUCUUAGUGGACGCCAUCGACAAGAUUUUGUCUGGAUACUAA